CUCUUCCCUUAUGACCUAAUCAAUUCCCAAAGGCCCUGCCUCCAGAUACCAUCACAUGGGUGUGGUGGGGGGCGGUCGGGCCUCAAUAUAAAUUUUGGAGGACCCAAGCAUUCAGUCAAUAGCACAUCCCAAAAACAUAUUCAUAAAUUGGAAAACGGAACAUUGUGUUCUCUUACUGCCACAGGUGAACUCAAAGUGGAGAUGAUGGCAGGAGGGACUCAAAUCAUACCCCUGAAUGACAAUGUCACUAUAUUCUGCAAUUUCUUUGAUUCUGAACCCCACAACAUCACAAGUGUAGGUAUCACCUGGUUUCGGAAGAGUCCAACAUUUGACAAAGAAUUCAAGGUAUUUGAAUUUUUUGGAGAUCACCUAAAGGCAUUUCGACCUGGAGCCACUGUGUCUCCAUGGAGGCUGAAGAGUGGAGAUGCUUCACUGCAGCUGCCUGGAGUCCAGCUGGAGGAAGCAGGAGAAUACCGAUGUGAGGUGGUGUCCACCCCUAAGAAGGCACAUGGAAGGGUCUGGCUUGGAGUUGUGGCUUCCCCAGCCUGCAGAUUGUUCCUGGAUCAAGUGGUGGUGAAAGAGAAUGAAGGAAAAUAUAUUAUGUGUGAGUCAAGUGGGUUCUACCCAGAAGCUAUUAAUAUAACAUGGGAGAAGUGGACCCAGGAGGUUCCCCAUCAUGUAGAGAUUUUUGAGGAUGUCAUCCCUGGUCCCACAAUCAAGAAUGUGGAUGGUACAUUUAGUGUCACCAGCAAAUUGAAGCUGAAAUCCUCUCAGGAAGACCCUGAGACUGUCUACCAGUGUGUGGUACAGCACAUGUCCUUGUAUACCCCCUGGAGGAGCAACUUUACCCUGACUUCUCAGCAGAGAUUUUCUGAAUCUGAGAAGACGGCUACCUUUGCCAUUUAUUGGUGGAUUUUGCCACUCAUUGGUGUUGGACUGAUUUUAUUAAUUGUUUUGAUUUAUUGCAAAAAGGUCACUCCAGAAGGACAAAGGAGACUACAGGAUGCCUUUUCUCUCCUCUUUUUCUAGAUAUGUAACAGAUCAUCUCCAGUUGUAUAACAAAUCAUCUCCAGCCAUCUCUUCUCAAGUGCAUUCUGAAACACUGGAACUCCUUUGACAUUCAGACUCUGAAGAAAGAGUGCCUUGUAUUCUUUUGCACUUGGGCAUGGCCAUCUUACCAGCUGCAGGAUGGGGAGGCCUGGCCUCCUGAGGGAAGUGUUAAUUUUAAUACCAUUCAACAACUAGAUCUUUUCUGCAGAUAGGAGGGCAAAUGGUCCAAGGUACCUUAUGUGAAAGGCUUCUUUGCCUUGCAAGACAACCCAGAUCUUUGUCAGUGUUGUAGAAUUGGCCCAGCUCUCCUAGCAGUUACAUCAGGCAAGUCCACAGAGGAUAAUUCUCCCAACUCUGAGAAACAAACACCUAGGAAACACUCUACUGAAAAUGGUCAAAUAGGUCGUUAAUGUUUGUGAAACCCAUCUUAAAAAUAAUCCCCUUAACAGAUGGCUUCUUCCCUGCCACACUCAAAGGAUGGGAAGUUACCCAGGGGAGGACUGGCAGAUAGACUUCACCCAUAUGCCUAAAAUAAAUGGCAUUCAAUAUCUUUUGGUGUGGGUGGAUACCCUCAUUUACUGGGUAGAGGCAUUCCCAUGCCAAACAGAAAAGACCUCUGAGGAGGUGAGAAUACUAUUAAAUAAAUAAUUUCUUGCUUCGGUCUCCAUAAGUACUUCCAAAGCAACAGUGGCUCCUCAUUUAAAGCAGCCUCUAUCCAGUGGGGCUUAAAAGGCACUAGGCAUAUAGUACCAUCUUCAUCGUGCCUGGAGACCACAAUACUCAUACUCAGGAAAGGUAGAGAAAACAAAUGAUAUUAUCAAAAGAUGCCUCAGAAAACUCUCUCUCAGGAGAUUCACCUUUCUUGGGUGACUCAUCUCCCCUUAGUCCUACUGAGGAUAAGAAACACUCCUUCAAAGUUGGAUUUGAGCCCUUUUGAAACUAUGAAUGGGUGGCCUUUCCUUAUCAAUUAUCUUUUAUGAGACUAGGAAAUCUCUGAAUUAGUCAAACAUAUAACUUCCCUGGGCCACUUCCAAUGGGAAUUAAAACAGCAACUGGAAGCCCAACCCCAAGAAAUAGGACAACCUUUACUGAACCUCGGAGACUUAGUACUGGUGAAGUCUCUCCCUUCUCUUUCCCACCUCUAGGCUCCAGGUGGGAGGGACCUAUACUGUUUGCACCCAUUCAGCAGUGAAAGUUGCAGGAAUCAACUCUUGGAUUUAUCAUACUUCAGCCAGGGCUUGGAAAGCAGAAGCAGCAGCCCCUGACAGCCCAGAAGAGCAUCCCAGAUACGGAUGUGAAGAAGUUGAGGACCUUAAACUGAAAAGAACAAAAGAUAAGUAAAUGAAUGAGGACUACCUGUCUAGCUCAGUCCUACCUUUACCCUGCCAGAUUCCUUCCAUUAUUUCCACCUUUCCUUUCAAGAUCUACCAUCAUCAAGUGUUGCAACUUCUUUUUCACACAUAUUUGUGACGAGACUUUGAUUGUCCUUGGUAUCAGAUCUGCAACUUUACAGACCUGCAAAGGGAGGUUCAGCAUUUUAACUGAUAAAACCUCAGAUGUAAAUUGUUCACCACACCAUACUUGCAGGGAUUAUUUUGCUGACUUUACUUUUUGCAGUAGGGCUAUCCACUGCACCGCCUGUAGGAAUGCUGACUGGAUUCUGAAUCCUGACUCUAGCACCUCCUGACUGGAAUAUUCAGAGAGUAUCAAUUGCUGUGAUACUUGGCUUACUUAUUAUCCUUAUAGCAGGGAUAAUAGUCACAGACAAAAAGUAAACCUGAAAGUUUUACUAUUGCUGAGUCUGCUAGGGCUUUUAAUGGGGUUUGGGAAUAUAUCACACCCUUUAGCCUCUGCAGUAUCAGCCAUGGCCCAUUUAUAUGAGACUAAUUACUGAGUCUGACCUGAGUGGUUUGCUCAGUUCAGUAACACUAAGGGACCUCUUCAUGACCUGGUUCUUGCUGUCUUAAGAUUCCCUUUCUUAGCUUUACCUUUAACUAUUGAAGACUUGUCAGGCAUGAAUGGAACAUGGUAUGGGAGCACUUUCAACUGGGUAACUAACUCCUCCCAGGAAAGCAUUUCCUUCCUGGUACCGGAAAACACUUUCCCUAAAGAUAAACUUCACACCCUCAGGGUAGGAAAAGUUGGCCAAAUAAUAGCAAAUGCCUCUUCCUGCUUUAAAAGCAGAGGGAAAGGAUCAUAUCUGGGAGAUCUCAGAUAUGUAACAACACACCUGUAAUUGCCAAAAGCUCAGACAUUUGGAGAAAAAGACACAAUAAGGAUGAUCUAAGAAAAUUGGAAGCCUUAUAUAUGGGGAGGCUUUUGGAAUCUAGCCUCUUCUCCUGGUUGGAAGUCCUGCUGGGAAUGGCAGGUUCUGGGUAACUGCCCUGACACAUGGCAUUAUAAUGUAAAAAAUAACACAUGAGCCUUCCCAGACAUGCACCCUCAUGGAAUUCCAGACCCCUUUUUAUGAUGCUUAGUAGUAGUGGCCUACAAAUCUGUGGGUGUACAGGAGACUUCUGGACUGAGAGCCCCUGCCACAAGGAUUAUCCUAGAUAUUGGUUGGGACAUAUUGUGUCCCUGGUCUUUCAAAACUCCAUUUGUCAAGUGGACCCUUCUCAUUUAGCAUGUAAAAUUCCACGUGGCAUCAUGAGUGACUAUCCUGAGUAUGGAUAUCCCUAUGCCAAAGAUGUUCCUAUUAUAUUUAAGAGGGGGACGCUCUUAAGAUAUGAGAAAGAUCUGCCUGUGUCUCUCACAAGCUACAACUUAGAACUGGACCUUCAAGGGUAGAGUUUUAUUUCCUUUGUGGCUCCUGGCUACACUUAAUCCUCUCUAGGCACUGAAAGGAAACCUGCACUAUUGUGACAGUGGUCCCUGACUUAUUAUUUCUAAAUUCCACUGAUACGGCAGCAUCAUCUGGGGACAUCCCUAGCCUAGCCUCUUUUCUAGCGACUGUGCGAUUUCAGAUGUGCCGAACAAAGAGGUCUGUCAUUUCCAUGCCCUCGUAUGGAGAUUUAACUGAAGGAGAAGAUUGCAUAGGACAUACAUGCACAUGACAAUGCUUAGAAAAACCACGGAUAGGGGAUUUUAUAGCUAGAGGCCUAUUUUGGUUUGCUGGUAUUCCUCUCCUUGAAAGAUCAGCAUUUAAUAUUUUUAUUAUGAUGCAACAAGAGUAGAAGGCAACAGUAGGAGCCAUAGAAACACACCAAUAAUCCAAAAUAUCUUUAGCCUCAGUAGUUAUGCAUAAUAGACAGGCCUUAGAUAUCCUAUGGCCAAAGUAGGGGGUACCUGUGCACUUUUUAAAAGAAACAUGUCAAUUCCAGAUCAACACCUCUAGUCAAGUAGAAGAAAACCUACAGGUGCUUAAAGAUCAAAUUAGAAUCAUUGACAGGUUAAGAGAAAAUGUGGGCUCCAGUCCCAGUUGGCUAUAAUCCCUCCUUAAUGGAUUCCAUCCUUCUUUGUGGAACUGGUUAGCUCCUUUAUUAGGGCCCAUUUUGCUUGUGUGUUUUGUAUGAAUGUUUGGACUUCGUAUAUUCAAUACUGUAACAAAUUGUUUCCUCUCACUUAGAGGCUAUUAAACACCAAAUGGUGCUGCAGAUGGAACGAUGCAUAGACACACCAUUCUUCCAGGGACCCUUAGACUGAUCUUAGGAGGAGCCCUAAUUGCUAUAACCCCAAUGAUGCCCCCUUCCAGCAGGAAGCAGCCAGGAGCGGUCAUCGUCCACUUUCCCCAACAGCAGUUGGGGUCUCCACUCCUGAAGUGGGGAAUGAGAGAGGAUGAAGGAAGGCAGGCAGUUAGGGUGGGUCCUUGGUAAAAGUAUUUCAAAUGAAAGAACACCAAACUGCAGGCACAGAUAAGAUAACUUGCAUGGGGGGCUUGCCUUAGACAUGUUCACAGCUGCAUCAGUAAGAAAGGCUACACAAGAGACGUGCCCAGACAUGCUCACAAUGGAAAAUUCUAUCUCUUGAGACAUGUGCAGUAAGGGGAACAAAGCCACAUGGAGUAGCUCAAGCUAAGAGCUUGCAUGUACACUGGAGGACAGGGUGGAACUACCAAAAAUUCAUGCCUUAGGCAAAUGAGAUACCCAGCUCUCAUCAAUUUCUUAUAAAAGCCUCUAUAUUCAACCAUGAAAUGAUAACCAUCUUUUGGACCCCCUCUUGGCAGCGGAGAGCUUUUUUUUGCUUUUUAAACUUUUGCUGCAACCUCAUGUUUGGGGUCCAUGCUCCUUAAUUUUCUUGGUUGUGAGACAAAGAACUUUAGGUGAUAUCUUGGGCAAUGAUAGACUGCUACAUUGUGGUGCACUGGUGAGCUUGUAACACUCUCAGUUUAUUACUGAUAACCCCAACAUCAGCAAUGACACUUAGGGAAAAAGAAAACAAAUCCUUUAUGAUCUGCUUGGUCUCGUGCUUGUUUGCAAAGAUGACUCCAAUCCUUCCCCCUUCCCUGUGUCCAUGUCCAUUGCUGUGUAACUUUGCAGUGCCUCCAACCAUGUGACCUCUUUCAGCCAAUGUAAGGAGACAGCAGUGAAGGCAUGCCAAUUCUAAGUGUAAGCCUCAAGAGGCUUUGUGUGUCUUCAUUUGCUUCCUCGUGUGCUUCUAAUGGUGCUGAGAGAAGGGCAAGUCCAGGCUAGCCUGCUGGAGGAUGAGAGAUGCUGGCUACCACAUUCUUGUUGCUCCAGUGGAGGCCAGGCUAGAUUAGAUGACAACCACCUGACUCCAUGUGAGCAAAUCUGAGAUCAGCAGAGUUGGCAGAGCCAAGUCUCCAAUACUUGGAAAACACUUUUCUUAUGUAAAACAUAUAAAAUUAAUAUAUAAAAUUUUUUAAAGCCACCAUUGUACACUGGUGCUAUUACACAGCAUAAGCUAAGUGCUACAACUCAGGAAGCUGUGCUUUGACCAAAAGGAAUGUGGUAGCCACAGGUGCCUCUGAGACCCCUCAGGAGAGCGUCUGUGUGAGGAGUGCAGUCAGCUGACAGGCUCCUGCUGAAGAUCUCCAGGAUCUGCUUCAGUAUUCCAGCUGGUGCCAUACUGUCCCCGGACUGCUCCUGCCAUUGACUGAGCAGGGCAGGAGCUCCCUGUUGGGAGCUGAUACUGGAAUUCUGUACUACAUCCCCAGAUCUCCAGCUGCUGAUCUCGAGGACCCGGGGUGGCCAAGACUUUCAGUUGUACUGGAAUGAUGUACUGAAUGAUGCUGGAAUAACAUCAUUUUGUUUGAUGUCAUGUUGUUAUCACAUUAACAGAAAAAAAAAUCAGUUCCCAACCUGAGCCACUGUCUGUGUGGAGUUUUCAUGUUCUGCAUGGGCUUUUCCUUUUUUUUUUUUUUUUUUGAGAUGGAGUCUCGCUCUGUAGCCCAGGCUGGAGUGCAGUGGCAUGAUCUCACCUCACUGCAACCCCCGCCUCCCUGGUCUCAGUUCAAGCAAUUCUCCUACCUCAGCCUCCCAAGUAGCUGGGAUUACAGGGACAAGCCACCAUGCCCAGCUAAUUUUUGUAUUUUUUAGUAUAGAUGGGGUUUUACCACAUUGGCCAGUCUGGUCUUGAACUCCCAACCUUGUGAUCUGCCUGCCUUGGCCUCCCAAAGUGCUGGGAUUACGGGCAUGAGCCACCGUACCUGGCCCUGCAUGGGUUUUCUUCAGGUACUCUGAUUUCCUCCCACAUCCCAAAGAUGUGCACUUUCAGUAAAUUGGGUUGUCUAAAUGGUGCCAGUCCAAGUGAGUGAGGGGGUGGCUGUGAGCAUGCCCUACAACAGGAUACCAUCCUCUCCAGGGUUGAUGCCCACUUAGUACUCUGAGCUGCUGGGAUAGUAUCUGGCCACCCACAACUCUGCACUGGAAUCAUUGGGUAAUUAUUACUUUUUAGUUUAGUUUAGUUUUUUUUUUUUUUUUUUUUUUUGAGACAGUCUUACUCUGUCACCCAGGCCAGAGUGCAGUGGGACAAUCUUGGCUCACUGCAACCUCCACUGCCUGGGCUCAAGUGAUCCUCCCACCUCAGCUUCCUGAGUAGCUGGGAUUACAGGUGCAUGUUACCAUGCCUGGCUAAUUUUUUGGUGUUUUUUGUAGAGGUAAGGUCUUGACAUGCUGUCCAGGUUGGUCUCAAACUCCUGAGCUCAAGCUAUCCUCCUGUCUUGGGCUCUCAAAGUGCUGGGAUUACUGGGGUGAGCCACCGCACCUGGCCUAGUAAUCAUUCUUAAAUGUAUAUAUGUUUACAUUUAUAUGUAUAUUUCAGUGUUAAAUAUUAAAGUGUUUGGUCUUUAUUUAGAAGUUUGAUUAUAUGUUUAUGACCAGAAAUAUGAUGUGAAUUUCUUUUUUUUGAGCCGGAGUUUCACUCUUGUUACCCAGGCUGGAGUGCAAUGGCCUGUCUUGGCUCACUGCAACCUCCGCCUCCUGGGUUCAGGCAAUUCUCCUGCCUCAGCCUCCCGAGUCGCUGGGAUUACAGGUACACGCCACAAUGCCCAGCUAAGUUUUUUGUAUUUUUAGUAGAGACGGGGUUUCACCAUGUUGACCAGGUUGGUCUCAACCUCUUUACCUCGUGAUCCACCCGCCUCGGCCUCCCAAAGUGCUGGGAUUACAGGCCUGAGCCACCGCGCCCGGCCCGUGAAUUUCUUUCUUAUAGCAGUUAGCCUAUUGGAAAAUUGGUUUUGCUCUACAUUAUUUUAUUAAAAAGUUAUAGUUUUCAAAGAUCCUAUCAACUACAUUAAGUGAGGACUUACUGUACCCUGAGGUACAUUUUAGUCCUCCCUGGUUCCCCUGCCUCUCCCUUCACAGCCUGCACUGGAGUCUGAGGCUUUCCCGCCUACAGCCUCUCCCCUUUAUCUUUCACGGAAACCACCCCUAAUAACUCACUUGUACUUCUAACCCCAUCUGGAAAGCUGCUUCCUGGAAGAUUCAAACUGAUACAAGGGGGACUAAAGGAUGAGAAUGAGGGAAGUAACCCAUUCACCGCUUAUUUGAGAUGGGGAAUCACCUGAAGGACUUUGGCAGAGACAGAUGGCAGAGACGACAAGGUUUCUCAGAGAAUGUGUGAGUAACUGGAGUGGCUUUUCCUGAGGACCCAGACAGCCUGCUCAAGAGCAGUUGGAGCUGCCCUCCUUGCAUGGAACUAUGGAAUGAUUUUAAUUCUACUUCCCAGGUGAAUGGGAAACCAAGGAUGCAGCAGGCAUUUAACAAAAAGGAAUCCGCGUCUCAGUCAGGACUGUAUUGCAUUGCUUCUCUCUGGACUAACUUGAAGUUACUCCCUUUCCCCCAAUAAUAAUGGCAUUGUGAAAAAAGUUGGAAUUGAUCAAGUGGUGUAAAGAGUAAACAGAGGAAAGACUA